AUGGGGGCCCACCUCAAGGCUAGGGGGGCCCCCAGCGCUGUCUUUAGGGGCCCCCCCUUAGCGUUUGCUGUGGGGGGAUCAAUGGGGCCCCUCGUUGCUCGUGGGGCUGCAUGCAACGGCCCUGCAUGCAGCAGAGGAGACAGCAAAGGAAGCGUUCUGGUGUCUCCUUCUGCAGCAAGGGGGGCCCCUAGGGGGCCCCCCUCUACCUUACUCUCUCCUCAUCCCCUUCUUGUCUACGGGCGUCCUGCUGCAGCAGCAAUGAAUUCUGCUGUUGCUGCUGCAGCAGCUGCUGCUGCAGAUACAAAUGCUGCUGCUUUGGAUGCUGCUGCUGCUGCUGCUGCAGCUGCAGCUGCAGCUGCUGCAGCAGCGCGGACAGAAACAGGAGAGGCAGAGGAUGACCUAGAGGGGGCCCCUUUGGAGGCCCCUACGGGGCCCCCAUCACUAGCUGAGGUAAAGGAAGCAGCGCUGCAGCUGCAGCAGCAGCAGCUGGAUAAAGUAAUUUGCCCGCUAGUAGAUGACGAUGAAGAAGAAGAAGAAGAAGAUAGAACCCCAGCAAUGAGCGACUCUGAGUUUUUCAAAGCAUUGGGGCUGUCUCGGGGUGCGGGGCCCCGGGAGAUAUGGGGGGCCCUAAAGGAGAUGAGAGAGCAGCAGCGAGAGUCUCCUUUGUUUGCCCGUGUACACAGCAAGUGGCUGCAGCUGCUGGAGUCAUCGCUGCAGCAGCAGCUGCAGCAGCUGCAGCAGCAAAAAGAAAUAAAAAAAAUUAAAAAUAACUGGAAAAAUAGACUCACACGUAUGAUACUAGGAGGAGAUACCAUCAGCAGCCACACCCCACAGCCAAUAGAAAACGCGAGCAGAGGAGCAGCAGCAGCAGCAGCAAACAAACAAAACCACAUUCUUACAAAGGUGGAGGAGAAGGAAGGGGCCCCCAGUCGUUUGUCUCUACGCUCUCUUUGCCUCACCGCAGCUAUCCUGGGGGCCCAUGGUUUGUUGGGGGGGGCCCUUGGUUUGUGCUUGUCUAAGCUGGCCGGGCUGAGUGCCUGGGUGUCUCCAAGGGGGCUGCUGACGGGGGCAGUGAUUGCUCAGUGGUGGUUGGCUUCUGCGCUGCACCGGCUGCACCCGCAGCAGCAGCAGCAGCAGCAGCAGCGGCAGGUGCAGCAGGAGCUGCAGCGGCAGCUGCAGCAGCUGCAGCAGCAGCAGACACAUGAUGAUGAUGAAGAUAUUAUGGGGGGAGAAGAAGCAGCAGAAUGGAUAUUCGAUGACCCCGAGUUUCCUCUCGGUCUUAACGAUGAUUGA